UUUAAUUUAACUUUAGUUCUAUCGUAUUAAAAUUACAGUUCUCUUACUGUAUUCUGUUUGAUAAAAUUUCUUAAGAUGCAGUGUACUUAAAUGGGUCACAUUUACUCUGCAUAAAUAAAUAAACACGUUUGCUGCGGGUUACCGGGUGUCUGUGAGGUUAAGCUGAGACAGUCAGACGGGCGUAAGGAGUUUAUAAUAUUACGUUCACCAUAUGGACUGUCUUACAGGUCUGCAGGAGUCCAGAAGAUCACGAUGGAGGAGCACACGACAGCCAGCAGGAUGACUGUAGGAGCAGAAGGCGGGGCUGAUGUCACAAAGGGGGUGUGGCCUACACAGCCACGCCCUUUAUCACAUGACCGGGUCACGCUAGUAGUCGACGGGACUCAUUUUGUGGUGGAUCCCGCCGUUUUCACGACGUACCCGGAUACAGUGCUGGGAAGGAUGUUCGGUCGAGCGCGUCAGCACAGUAUCACGCGACCGAACGCUAAAGGCGAAUAUGAAAUCGCAGAGGGCAUCGGCGCCAGCAUCUUCAGGGUCAUACUGGACUUCUACCGCGUCGGGAUGAUGCACUGUCCCGAAGGCGUGUCUUUAGCGGAGCUGCGCGAAGCCUGCGAUUAUCUGUGUAUAAACUUCGACUACAGCACCGUCAGAUGCAGAGACCUCAGCGCUCUGCUGCACGAGCUGUCCAAUGACGGCGCUCGCCGGCAGUUCGAGGUGUUCCUGGAGGACCUGCUGGUGCCGGUGAUGGUGUGCAGCGCGCAGGAGGGCGAGCGAGAGUCCCACAUCGUGGUUCUGACGGAUUACGACACUGUGGACUGGGAUCUCGAUCACCCGCCGCCGAUGGGAGAGGAGAACUCACAGAUAAUCUACAGCGCCAAACUCUACCGCUUCUUCAAGUUCAUCGAGAACAGAGACGUGGCGAAGACUGUGCUGAAGGAGCGAGGCCUGAAGAACAUACGCAUCGGGAUCGAGGGUUACCCCACCUGUAAGGAGAAGGUGAAGCGGCGGCCCGGCGGGAAGAGCGAGGUGAUCUACCGGUUCGUGCAGCGCCCGUUCCUCGCGCUGUCCUGGGAGAAGGAGGAGGGCAAGAGCCGACACGUGGACUUCCAGUGUGUGCGCAGCCGCAGCGUCCCCAACCUCAUCACUGCCCUGGGGGAGGGGCCUAACCGAGCCACGCCCACUCCACAGGUCGACGAGUUAGAUCGGCUCAACGGCCCCGCCCCUCCUGCCCUCCACCAAUGACUGAUCAGGACCGAUUCAUAUUCAUUACGUCACUGUUAUUCACUCAUUCAUAUUGACUCGAGUCACAGAU